CUGGUCUCAAUUUGUUACUUCAAACCAUCUGACCUAGAGGUUACUCUAAAAUCCUCUUGUCAUUUCACUGCUAUCCGAUUUGCAGGAAUUGAAGGCUUAAGCAAACAUGUCCAACUCCAGUGAGGCAGAACUCAUUCACAAGUUUAAGGGGAUUUCCUUUACCACCAGGUCUUCUCCAGAGCUUUUAAAUUCCUUGGAUGCUUUUGAUGCUAGAGAAGAUGAUGUCCUUUUGGUUUCCUACCCCAAAUCUGGCACUCACUGGCUUGCAGGAGUUAUAACAAAGAUUUACAAUACUCCAGUUACAUUAACAACUCCCAUUGAAUUUGGAGACAUGGCCAAACUGGAGGAACUGAAUCAACUACCGUCAGCAAGAAUCAUCCCAACACACUUAGACUACAACCUGUUGCCUCAACAUUUUAAGAAUAAAAAAUGCAAGAUGAUCUACAUCAGCAGAAAUCCAAAAGAUACUGCAGUUUCCAUGUAUCAUUACUACAGAGAGAAUCCAAACCUUCCCACUGUGGAUACCUGGCCCGCUUUCUUUGACUUGUUCUUAGAAGGAGAUGUUGUCUGUGGAUCCUGGUUUGAUCAUUUCCUAAGUUGGGAAGAACACAAAAAUGACAAAAAUAUACUGUUUUUGUUCUAUGAAGACAUGAAAAAGAAUCUCCCUAAGACUGUGAAGGAAAUCAGCAUAUUCCUGGGCAUAAGCAUCAGUGAUGAAGAUAUCCAAGAUGUCUGCAAGACAUCAUCCUUCUCAGAGAUGAAAAGGGAUGCAGAAAAAGAAAACAGUGACCCCAGUCACACUGUCUGUGCCCUGACACCCAACAGGAAGUUAAUUUUCAGAAAAGGUACUGUUGGAGAUUGGAAGAACCAUUUCACUCCAAAACAGAACUUACGGUUUGAUGAAGUAUUCAAUGAGAAAAUGAAACUCAGCAAAAUGGCAAAAAAUCUCACCUAUGAAUUCUAA